CAUUGACUUGGAUGUGUAAACGGCGAAAUUACGUGAAUUCUCAGUAUUGAGCCCAGCCCACUUGCUACAGAGGAUUUGACUGCAGCCUGGUAAAAAAGGCGUUCCUUGCGUAGAAUUACCUUAUUGGUUUCCUGAGUUUCGUAGGCGUUUCUUAUUGGGGAGAAAGAUCUCCAAAUGGUUCAUUGCUAGAAUGAGACGCCUACGAGAUCCAGGGAGCCAAUUAAAUAAUUAUAUUCAAGAAACACACUUUAGUCUAGCCUGCAGCCAGACUCUCUUCUGCAGCCACUUCUUUCUUAAAGGGGUACCCCAUAUCGGGAUAUUGCCUAUGAUGUUUACACACGGAGGGCUGAGUGUCUGCAUGUUUUCGCUCCACCCUUGUACUUGAGCGAUGCACUAAGGCCACUAAUUAGUAAGGAACUCCCCUCAGCUGGUUGUCUAGGGCCCCUGGGGUUUCAAGAGGUCCCCGUGGGUCCUCCAAAAGGUGCAUAUUUUAAUAAAACUCUCAUAACAAUAUUUUCUCUCCCUAUGUGUACUUUUGCAUGAAGCCCAAUGGUACACUUACAACAUAGGCCAGAGACAGCAGAGGCUAUCCCACCUCUGCCACCAAUGUAAUAUGAGAGAGUCUCAAUCUUGCUGUACAGCCGUGAGUGUAACUCCCUGGCAUAUGGUAACGGCAGCACAAUCACCAGUGGAGGCUGCUGAGGGGAGGACGGCUCAUAAUAAUGUCUGGAAUGUUGACCAUGGAAACCACGUGUUUGGUACCAUUCCAUUGACUCCAUUCCAGAUAUUAUUAUGAGUCAUCCUUCCCUCAGCAACCUCAACUGGCACUCACUAUAAACAAUUAUGCACAAAUGUAAGGAUGGAAAUUGCAACAAAUUCAUGGAAAUAUAUUGAUAGUUACAUGUUAAAUUCUGAUCACUUAAAGUGAUUUGACUGACAUGAAUUUUCCCUAGGCCUAGAGUUUGGAUGGGAUGCAUCUGACAUCUACUGGGCAUAGUUGGUAUUUUUACAGUAGACAGGCGAUAGUAGACCUCCAUAUUUACAAUCCAAUGAUAAAGAUUCCAGGCCUAUUUAUAUCAAUACUAUAACACAUUGGCUAGGGUCAAGAUCUUGCUAAUUAUUUUGUGCAAUAUGAACGCUUUAUUGCAUUGCAGAAGAAGGAAUGAUCAGUAAAGUUAUACUAAGUUUCGUUUUCGAUUCACUCACCAGCUUCCUUCUCAACACAUCAUUUCCUCGUCAGAGUCCCGAACCAUAUGGAAAGAAUAUAACUGUGUAUAACGAGUUGAAGACAUGACGGAAUCGACAAUAACUAAACUUAUUUGUGCUAAUCGUGGAUCAAUGAACGUCGAUGAAUUAGAUGCAAAUUUUUACAGUGACUUGCAAGUCUCGGUGCGGGAUGUAAUUGCGAAUAGAGCGAAAUUUUGUUUUGUUGUUUUUAACGGAGAGCAAAGGGUGGUAGCCAAGACUGGAGUUCGAUUGUGCAAAUCCAAAGAUUGCCAGGGAUGCGGAAAUUUACAUUUUUGUAAACGAUUCAUGCUUGGGGAUUGUCCAUUCAGACGGAGAAGAGGAGGAUGUCGCUUCAACCAUGACAUGACCUCGGGGGAGAACAGCAGAAUCCUGAAAGAACACGGACUGGAGGAACUGAACAGAUCUGAGCUGUGCACCCUGCUGCUUCAGAAUGAUGGCUUCCUCUUACCACCAGUGUGCCACAACUACAACAACGGCGUUGGAGAGUAUGGCAAAUGCCUGGAUGGCGAGACAUGCAAGAGGCUCCACAUCUGUGAGAUGUAUCUCAGGGGUAGCUGCAACUGUCCCAGGUGCCAUGAUUUCUACGAACCCCACCCAUUAAAAAUCCUGCAGGACAAAGGGGUGCCCAACGAGCUCAUUGCCUCCCUGAAGUCGGUGUACAUGAACAUCGAGUGGUUGCAAAAGCAAGACCAUGCCAAGCAAGGCAAGGGGCAACAUCAAAGAGAUAAAGCUAAUGCAACCGCUAACACAAGUAACAAGUCUAACAGAGGCCCACUGAGCACUCACGAGGUUGCUGCAGAAACUCCAGCACCCCUAUUUCCCGCUCCUAUGCUCACCAGACUCAGGGCGCUCCACCUCCAAAAGGUUGAGCAUGAUACUGCUACUCCUGCUGCUGCUGCCACCGCUGCCCUUAACACAAGCCAGAGGUCCAACAGACCUAGUCGAGAUAAAGCUGAAAUAUGCAUGUACUUCAUCAAGGGCAGUUGCAUACACGGUGAUAAGUGCUUUAAAGCCCACUCUACCAUGCCCUACCAAUGGGAGGUGAGGGAGGGACUAAACUGGACAGCUCUACAAAACAACGAGGUGAUUGAGAAGGACUAUUGCGACCCAGCAAAGACAUACAGUCGGGGAGUCCAGCCUGUGUGUUUCGAUACGAUGACCUGCGGCCUGAACAAAGCCCGGCGUCUCUCCACCGUCUCCUCUGUGCUACAGCCUACCUUCAUCCUCACCACGGAGUGGGCCUGGUUCUGGGAGGACGAGUUUGGAAACUGGAUCCAGUACGCAUCAGCAAUCAGUGGACACAGUGCAGCCACCAUCACCAGUGAAGACCUGGAGAAGAGGUUCCAGGAAGACAACAAGGCUGUGAUAGAGUUCACUGCGGGAUCACAGACCUAUGAAUUCAGUUUCCCUGACAUGAUUCAAACAAACAAGCAGUACACCACCAAGAAGGUUGUGAGAAGACGGCCUGUGUUUGUCUCUUCAGCUGAUGCACAAACUAUCAAAACCAGAAAAAGGGCUCCGAUCAAUCACUCAAAUUUCAGAGCUUUACCAGGACACUGGGACAAGGCACAAACCCCUGAAACAGGACACAAGAGAAUUGACCUUCCGUGCUCGUCAGUGGAGUUUAAGGAGAUUCAAGGACUUUUUCAGAACACCAUGAGAGGCUUCAGCAUCCACCAAAUCGAGAGGAUUCAGAACAAAGCCCUUUGGGAAGUCUUUCAGUGGCAAAGGGAUCUCAUGAAGAAGAACAACAGAGGGAGGAAUGUGACGGAGAAACAGCUUUUCCAUGGCACAGACUCCAAAUACCUCGAUGCCAUCUGCCUUAACAACUUUGACUGGCGGAUCUGUGGACUAAAUGGAACAACCUAUGGGAAAGGGAGUUACUUUGCCAGGGAUGCCAAAUACUCCAACAGCUACACUGGCCAAUUAAAUACGAGGUCCAUGUUUGUCUGUCGUGUGUUGGUGGGAGAUUACAUCAAAGGGCACUCGAGCUUCCUCCGGCCCCCCUCGAAGGACGGAGGGGACACCAUCUUCUAUGACAGCUGUGUGGAUGACGUCAGCAACCCCUCCAUCUUUGUGGUGUUUGAGAAGCACCAGGUGUACCCAGAGUACCUCAUCCAUUAUGGUGAGGACGAUGCAUGGUCACAAGUAUACCAGCAAUACUACCGUCCAGCUCCUGUACCUGCUCCAGCACCAGCACCAGCAUACAGACCAGCGGCUGCCACAGCGCCUAGACCAGCACCAGCAUACAGACCAGCGGCUGCCCCAGUACCUAGACCAGCACCAGUAUACAGACCAGCGCCUAGACCUGCACCAACAUACACACCAUCACCAACCCCUGCACCUAAACCUGACAGCUCCUGUGUCAUUAGUUGAGGCUGACUGCGAGGGGUGAAUUGUGAACCUUUUGAUAUUAAACCGAGGCAAAAACAUAUGCUUUUGUGAAUUAGAGAAAUGGAUUUAGCACUCUGUUAAAUGUUUGACAAAUUACAGAUAAUAUUGGGAUGCACCUUACUAUGAUUACUAGAUGUUCUGUUUUCUACAAUGCAAGCAUUUUUGUAGUGCUACUGACAUUAUAUAAUGGCAAAUUGCGAACCUCACAACAAAAGUAGUUGUGUACAUUAUAAGCUUUAUACCUUUACAGUACAGUGGUUUUACAGUAUCUGCUGAUGUGCAUCAGUUCAAUGGUUGUGCAAUUAUGGGUUUCAUUCAUUUUAUUAAUAUAAUCCAUCUGUUUUCUUUGCAUUAUUCAUGUUACUGAGGGAGGGAGGGAGGGAGGGAGGGAAAUGCAGACUGUUUACAUUCUGUCAGAACAUGUUAUGGUUAGACAUCAGAUAUCCUAUGGAAAGGAGAAAGGCCACAGUCAACAAGACAGCCAUGAGUUGGGGAGGAGUGAGGAAUUUGGGCUGAGGUCAGGUCAGAUGAAGUGAGAAAGAACAGAAAUCACUAAAGUCCUGUCUAGCAACAGAGAUCUAUUGGCUGUCCAGAUGUGUAAGGACGGGAAGGUAUAGCAGGAAAGUUUAAAUACCAGUGCUUGUGUAAAUAUGUCUUUGUCAUUCAGUUGUUUGACCCAUUGGGUGAAUAAACUUGAUUUGAGCUUUA